AUGGCUCCGAAAAACAAAGGAAAGAAAGGAAAGAAGCAGGACGAUGACGACUUCUGGGAGAACGCCGGCACAUCCAUCGCUAAUAACAAUGCCGGGAUUUCUGCAGAUGCAGCAGAGGCAUCUGAUGACGACUACAAGCCACAAAAGAAGGCUGGAGGAUUUUCUGCCUUUGCAGCAAUAGGUAUAGACGAAGGCGAUGCAGCUGCAGAAGAAGAGGACUUUGGAGGACUUAUGUCUGUGAUCAAGGCAUCCUCCCGGACUAAGAAGGAUAAAAAGGAUAAAAAGGCGGGCAAGAAGCCUGCGGCAGAUGUAUCAUUUGCAGAUGGUCCAUCCCCUGGAGAGGGAUCUGACGGCGAGGCCGCUGCGGCGAAAGGCGAUAUCAGUGCUCCUCAAAAGCCCAUUCAGAUGACUGCAGAAGAUCUGGCUGAUGAGGAAUGGGGUCCGGUGAAAGACACCAAGAAGAGCAAGAAGGGAAAAGGGAAAAAAGGAAAGGCUCACGAUGACGAUGCUGAGGGCGACAAGGCAGCGCCCGCUGGGGAUGUCAUGACACCAGCACAACAAGAUUCACCGGCGCCUGCGGAAGAUAAGGACGAAGAUGGAGAAAAAACUGUUGGUGACGAGGACGGUCCCAAAGUGCUUUCAAAGAAGGAGAAAGAGAGAUUAAAGAAGGAGCGAGAGAAGGCCAAAAAGAAAGCACAAGCAGCUGCGAAGAAGGCUGGGCAAGGAGAGGGAACAGAGGAGCCGCCAUUAACGCCUACACCUGUAUCUGCUGCUCCACCAGCUGAAAAUGAGAAGGAAGAGGACGAUGAGGAGGGGGAUACCGCUGGUGGUAAGACAGAUUCAAAGAAGAAGAAGAAAAAGAAGGCGAAAAAAGACGAGGAGGCUGCCGCGGCACCUGCACCCACAGCGGGGAAGAAAAAGGGUGGGGCUCUUAGUAUGCUGAAGGCGAGAUUGGAAGAACAGAGACGACUGGAAGAAGAGGCGAGACUCAGAGAAGAGGAGGAGCGCAAGCGGAUCGAAGAAGAAGAGCGGAGAGAAGAGGAGGAAGCAAGGAGGAAAGAGGAAGAGAAACAAAGGAGGAAAGAAAAAGAGAAAGCUAAACGGGAGCUCGCGAAGAAGGAAGGUCGUCUGCUGACGAAGAAACAGAAAGAAGAGCUGCGUAUGGCUGAGCUGCGAAAACAAGCGCUCCUUGCUUCUGGGGUACAGGUCGAAGGUCUGCAACAAUCUUCGGGUCAACCGGCCAAGAAAGUUGUUUACGGUAAUCGGAAAAAGAAGGGGCCUGAGAAGGCUGCCAGUGUUACUAGUAGCUCUCCCGCUACCAGGGAGACGUCCCCAGUGCGAGAAGAGAAGCCCGCUACACCCGUACCUGAGCCCGUUGCUGCUGCUGAAGUCUCGAAUAAGAAGCUCGAUGAUGUUAAGGACGACUGGGACGCCAGCAGUGAUGAUGAGCAGAAACAUCCGGAAGGUGUGAAAGACUCAUGGGACGACAACAGUGAUGAUGAGGAAGCCAAAGCUGCGAAGUCGAUCCAGGCCGCUCCAACAGUUCCUCCCAAAGCGUCUACCCCGGCAAAACCGCCAGCAGCAGAGAGGGCAGUGCCGACAAAGGCAACAACACCCGCUCUUACAAGGGCCAAUGGUACAAAGACGAACGGUGCCGCAAGGAAAGCGCCUUCAGAGUCGGAAGAGAGCUCAGAUGAGGAAUCGGGAUCCGAGUCCGAGUCCGAGUCUGAUUCAGAUUCGGACGAGUCUGAAUCAGACUCUGAAUCAGAGUCAGACGGUAUGUCGAAGGCACAGCGGAUGGCGGCGCAGCGUAAGGUAGAGGCUGCAGAACGGCGGGCAAAAGCUCAUGAAGCCGCUCUCGCUGCACGGAGUAAAGAUAACCUUCGCAGUCCCAUUUGCUGUAUCUUGGGUCACGUUGACACGGGUAAGACCAAGCUGCUUGAUAAGAUUCGUCAAACGAACGUGCAAGAGGGCGAAGCUGGUGGUAUCACCCAACAGAUUGGUGCAACUUAUUUCCCCGUUGACGCGAUAAAGACAAAGACUGCUGUGCUCAAUAAGGAUGGGUCACAAGAAUACAAGAUCCCUGGUCUCUUAAUCAUUGAUACUCCUGGACACGAAUCUUUUACAAAUUUGCGGUCGCGUGGAAGUUCCCUUUGUAAUAUUGCUAUUUUAGUUGUCGACAUUAUGCACGGCCUCGAGCCUCAGACACUGGAGUCUCUGCGUCUGCUGAGAGAUCGUAAAACACCAUUCAUCGUGGCAUUGAACAAGAUUGACCGAAUGUACGGCUGGGAGGCUACGCCCGACAACGACUUCCGUAGUUCGCUGGCAAAACAGAAGCGCUCGGUUCAGCGCGAAUUCGAAGACCGUGUCGAGAAGACAAUCCUUGCCUUCGCUGAGCAGGGUUUGAACGCCGUUCUUUAUUACGAUAACAAGAAUUUUGCACGUAAUGUCUCUCUUGUCCCCACUUCGGCCGUCACUGGUGAAGGUGUACCGGACAUGAUCAUGCUCCUUGUCAACCUCACCCAACAACGCAUGAGCGAUCGUCUCAUGUACCUCUCGGAACUGGAAUGUACCGUCCUCGAGGUUAAGGUCAUCGAGGGUUUGGGAACGACCAUCGAUGUCGUUCUUUCCAACGGCAUCUUGCACGAAGGCGAAAGGAUCGUUGUCUGUGGGCUUAAUGGACCAAUUGUCACUCAAAUUCGUGCUCUCUUGACUCCUCAGCCAUUGCGGGAACUGCGUAUAAAGUCGGCGUAUGUUCAUCACAAAGAGGUCAAAGCUGCCCUCGGUGUCAAGAUCGUUGCACCAGACCUCGAAAAGGCUAUCGCCGGUUCGCGUCUGCUAGUCGUAGGACCGGAUGACGAUGAGGAUGACCUUAUGGAUGAGGUCAUGUCCGAUCUUACAACCCUCCUUAACUCAAUCGACAAAUCUGGCCGUGGUGUCUGCGUACAGGCGAGUACACUGGGAUCCCUGGAAGCUCUCCUCGAUUUCCUCAAGUCGAGCAAGAUUCCUGUCUCGGGCAUCAAUAUUGGACCAGUUCACAAAAAAGAUGUCAUGCGCGCGGCGACGAUGUUAGAGAAGGCGAAGGAGCUCGCCGUCAUUCUCUGCUUCGAUGUGCCGGUCGACAAAGAUGCGGAUAGGCUGGCCGAAGAAAUGGGACUUCGUAUCUUCAAAGCCGAUAUUAUCUACCAUCUCUUUGAUGCCUUCACCGCGUACAACAAUGAGAUCAUGGAGGCGAAGCGCAGAGAUGCUGCCCCCCAAGCCGUGUGGCCUUGUAGGCUGAAAAUCAUUGCUGCUUUCUGUAAGCGUGAUCCCAUUAUCCUUGGUGUUGACAUCCUCGAUGGCACACUGCGGGUGGGAACACCAUUGUGUGUUGUAAAGGUUGAUUCAGAGACCCAGAAGAAGGACAUCAUCGACCUUGGAAAAAUCACUUCGCUGGAGAUCAAUCACAAGUCACAAGAAAUUGUCAAGAAGUCGCAGGCGGGAGGUGGUGUUGCCGUUAAGAUUGAGCACGCUGUCUACCAAUCCGCCAAGAUGUUUGGGCGACACUUUGACGACAAGGAUGAACUCUACAGCCAUAUCACGCGGCAGAGUAUCGAUGUGCUGAAGACGUCGUUCAAACAAGAUGUCAGUAACGAAGAGUGGCUGUUGAUCAAGGCUCUCAAGCCGCGCCUGAACAUCCCGUAA